AUGCCAAAUACUGAUGAGCUACAUAAGAAAGGGAAACCAAACAAUGUCGCUAAUAUAAAUAAUAAUAGAACAAAUAAUGGACAUAUUAAUGAGAAUACAAAGGAUCCAAAAAUAUGUAAUAGUCAUAUAAAUGAACAAUCUAGCAAUUCUAAUAUGGAGAUAAAUUGUAAUAGACAAAAGGGAGAGUACAGAAAAGAUUUAAACAAUUACGAUGAUGUAAGGGAAAAUAUCUUCAACAAAUGUUAUGAUAAUAGUUGUUGUAAUUCUCAUAAUGAUUGUUAUGAUGAUGAUAAUAAUAUUGAUAUGCUAAAUGAUGAAGAAGAAAAACAUUUUUGUAAUGUUUGUUUUUCUUUUUUAUAUUAUAAAAAAUAUUGUUUUUAUGAAUUGUUAAGAAUAUAUAGAAAUUUGUGUAUGUUAAAUGAAGAAGAAAAAAGUUUAUUAUCAGAAUCGAUUUAUUGUAAAAUAUAUAAAAUGUAUCUAGCUGUUUUGAAUAAUUAUUAUUUUAUAUUAAAUAUAUUAUUACCACAAAUUUCAACACCUAUUAUACUUAAUUUAUUAUCCUAUACAUUUCAUAAAGAUUGUGGGGAAAAUUAUAUAGACGACGAAAUUUGCUGUAACCAUAAUAAUUUUAGCAAUACCGGAAAUGGUGCAUUAAAUAUGGGUCAUACAAAAAUAGAAAAACAAACUAGUGGUAGUAAUAUAAGGAAAAAAUCGAGAGAAGAAAUUAUAAUAAAUACAAUAAUAGAUAAUUUAACAGAGGAAGAAAAAGCUAAUAUUGAUAAGAUAUAUAAUUAUAACAAUUUAGAUGCAAGACUUUUAUGUAAAGAUGAGCCAUCAACAAUAUUAAAUGAAAUAAAAUCAAAAAUCAUGAAUAAAAAAAAAGAUUGUGAUAUGCUUAAAUUGUUUGAUAAUCAAUCUGAAUUAUUACUAUCAGAUGAUAAUAACCAAACUGAUAAAGAUCUUAUAAAAAGGCAUCAUGUAGAACAUAAUGACAAGGUAGACUAUCAUGACGAAAGCAAAGCUAGUGAAAUAAAGGAAACACAUUUGCCAGAAAAUAAUACUAUAUUAAAAGAUGAAAAAAAUAAAACUGAAAAUAUAAAUGAUGAAGAAAAUAGUACAAUCACAAAUACUGAUAAUGUAAAUCUUCCGAAUCAACCAGAAGAUAUUUCUGUUUCUAUUAAUCAAGAAGAAUGUAAUAAUAAUGAAAAAUCAGAACAUAUAUCACCAGGAUUAAGAAUUACAAAUAUGUAUUCUCCAUCUCUUGAUGAAUAUUCAUUAAUACAAAAUAUGAGUAAAGUACGAAGUACAUUAAGACAAUUUGUUCGUGAUUGGUCUAUUGAAGGUAUAGAAGAAAGAAAAAAUGCAUAUGAUCCAAUUUUAAAAAGUUUAGAAAAAUAUCUACCAAUAACUGAUAAUUAUACACCAAAAAUAUUAUGCCCAGGAUCAGGGUUAGGUAGAUUACCAUAUGAAGUAGCAAAAAGAGGUUAUAAAAGUCAAGGAAAUGAAUUUUCUUAUUUUAUGCUUUUAUCAUCGAAUUUUAUUUUAAAUUAUUAUAAUCAAAAAGAUUCAUUACAUAUUCAACCAUAUUGUAUUAAUACAUUAAAUAGAAAAAAAAGAGAUGAUCAUUUAAAAAUUAUUAAUUUACCAGAUGUUAAUACAUAUAAUAAAGAUGUAUUAAAUUCUGAAUUUUCAAUGUGUGCUGGUGAAUUAGUUGAAGUCUAUUAUGAUGAAAAAGAACAAUUUGAUGGAAUAUUAACAUGUUUUUUUUUAGAUACAGCUAAAAAUAUUUUUGUUUAUAUUCGAACAUUUGCAAAUAUACUUAAACCAAAUUCAUUAUGGUCAAAUAUUGGUCCAUUAUUAUUUCAUUAUGCUGAGAUGCCAAAUGAAAUGUCUAUUGAAUUAGCAUGGGAUGAAAUAAAAGUUAUUAUUUCAAAAUGGUUUACUAUUGUAGAUGAAGAAUGGAUAGAUAAUUAUUAUACUACAAACAUAGAUUCAAUGAUGCAAGUACAAUAUCAUUGUAUUUUUUUUAAUGCCAUUCGAAAUAAUGUGCCUGUUGAGGAUUAG